AAUGGACAACGGGAUGAUGGUUACACGGGCGCUCCUCCACCAUGUUGAGGGGAAUUCAAAUUCAAUUCAAUUCAAAAACACUUUUAAUCCCAGAGGGAAAUUGAUUAACAUAUGGUCAGAGUUCCAGGGGAGCUGGACGUAGGGACGGUUGGGCCUCGGGCUCAUCUGCUCAGCAAUCAUCUGAGCUACUCCUGCAUCCAGAGAGCCAUCAGGACCAAAGCCAGCGAGGGCGCUGCCACUGGUGAACUUUAUACCCAGAUCCUGCACCAUGGAGGACUUCUCUAGCAGGGAAUCCAGCUCCAACGCCGAGGAGCAGAAAGCAGACCCAGGAGAUGCAGAGAACUGAACCACCAUGUUGACUCUGAGAUCAGACAGCAGCACAGCUGGAUGAGCUCCACCGACUGAAGAACUAAAGGAAUGAAGCUCUGCGCUGUGCCGGGUCCGGGUUUUUGUUUCCUCCCCUCUGGCUCUGGUUUGGGGUCUACCUCUGAUUGGUUUCGGGCUGAGGGCUGGUUUAUGCACCACACCCACAGAUGGAUCUUAUUCUGGGUGUUUUCCUCGACCUCAGCAGCUCCAGCAGAACCGAGAUGAACAGAACCUUUUUAGAAAACCUUGAAAUAUUUUGAUUUGAUUUAAACCACCUUUGUUCUCACCUGCUGGAGAGGUUUUCCGGGACACGGAAGGGAAAACCUUCAGAUUUUCCCACAAAAACAACUUUUCAAACAUUCCUGCGCUGAUUUUUUCCACCCUGAGGUUAAAAACUCGUGUCCCUUUGGAACGCGUAAAAGCGCACGGCGGCUCUCCAUGGCGCACAUCUGCAGGCAGCUGACGGGCAGCGCAGCGAGCUGCGCGGGUUGGGUCGGACUCAUCGUCGCCACGGCAACCAGCGACUGGGUCCGAACCUGCAACUACACGGUGGCGAUCUGCAUGAAGAUGGACGAGCUGGAGUCCAGAGGCCUGUGGGCCAAGUGCGUCAUCUCCCCGUCCCUCUACCACUGCCUGGAGCUGGACCAGAUGUUCUCUCUGCCGGCCUACAUCCAGACGUCCAGAGCUCUGAUGGUCCUGGCGUGUCUGAUGGGUCUACCAGCGAUGCUGCUCAUCCUCAUGUCCAUGCCCUGCGUCCGACUGCCCAACGACUCCUCGGCCAUCAAGAAGCGCCGCGCCCAGGUGGGAGGCGUCCUCGUCACCAUCAUGGCUGUUUGUGGGAUCAUAUCCACCCUUUGGUUCCCCGUCGGCGCCUACCGCGAGGAACAUCUGAUGUCGUUUGGAUUCUCUCUGUACGCCGGCUGGGUCGGAGCCGGGCUCUGCCUCGUGGGGGGGUUCGUGAUCCUGUGUUGCCAGGUAACCAGCAUCGGCAUCCCAUCCAGAGAGAACAGCUUCUUCUACUCCAGACGGGGGGGCACAGCGAUGCCAAUGGACCCCCCCACCAAUCACGCCAAGAGCGAACGGGUGUGAGCGCAUCAUCAGCUGAUUACAGUUCAAAUUAUGCAACAUAAUCCCCAAAAUAAGUUUUUGGUUUCUACUCAGAAAUGAUCUUUAACUCUGACUUCAAAUCGAUUUUAUUCAUUUAAUCUGAUUUUUAUGUGAGCAUAAAUAUAAUGUUUAACACUUCUUAACGGAGCUAACGGUCAGGUCUAGUGCCAUCUAGUGGUAGCGUUACAGAAUGCAACAAAGACGGCUCCCAUAUCUCUGUUCAUCAGAAACUCCAGUUAAAUUUCCGUUGAUGCAACUCAAACAUACACAAAAAAACUUCAUAUUUGAGUUUUAACCGUAGUUUAUGUCUGAUUUUUACUGCCGUUUGUUUUCAGACAUCAAGUCUUUAACGGUUUAUUCCCACUUAAAAGGUUGUUUCAUGUUCUUUCAUUUUAAAACGUUUAAAUUCUCAUUUUCUUUUCAUGAUUAACGAACAUUCAAUCAUCAACAUAACGUUUUGGGUGAGUUUAGUAAUAAAAGUUUGACUGUUGGCCUAAAAA